AUGCUGGGUCGCCUACUUGCCAAAAACAUGCUGUAUGAGUCCAGCAGCACCGCCGAUGAAACUUCGGUGCCCUACGUGCCGCAUGUAAGCGACGAGACAAAGCAGAAGUUGUACGGCACAAAGCAUCUGGAGAUGCAGGCCUCGUCGGCGCAUCGGUUCCGGGUGGUUGUGGCGCAAGAGCUGGGACAGAUGAUGAGCCGGCACAACUACCAGGUGGUACUUGACUACGCGACGUCGCGCGGCUCUGGUAUGAACCACAUCUCGGUCAGCGAUCUCAAAGAAUACAUAUUUGGAUCCCCGGUGCGGGCCAAGACGCGGCACAAAUGCGACAAGUUCCGUGUAGUGGCGGGCGCGGGUGUUGUUUUGGUCACGCGCGUGUUCUACCCUUCGCAACGCGACACGCGGCUCGCCAUAUGUCUGUCGCUUCCGGAGUCGUUUCUGUCCGCGCUCAGUGAGAUAUGGACCCACAUAGGCCGCUGGCUGGAUGAAUGUCAAGCCCUUCUCCUUGCAAUUCUUUCGAACGACAGCCUUGUUUCCCUGCCGCGAGACCUACGUGCUCACGACCCUCAGAUCACAGAGUCCAUCAUCCAGUCUAUCCAUACGCUGAUUGUACCGCUCGUGUCCUCACACACCGAUAUUCCACGGCUACUGUUAUACCCGUCAUCCAGCCGGCAGUUUGUCCUGAGUUGGUUCAAGGACGUUUUCCAUUGGCUGGACAUCAAGGAUGGGCACCGCCUGCGGUUCCUGCCAGUUCUCUUCGCCAAAAUAGCUCAGGAUUUUGCUGCGGAGCUGAGAGCGAACGAGUGCUCUCGAAUAAUUAUCAUUUCGGGCAACAUGGUAGUGGCCAACAAGCUAAUUUUUCUAAUAUCGGCACUACUGGGCCCGCGGUAUAGCGGCCGCAUCGACAUCUCUGAUGACACGCCCCAAUUGGGACAUAGUGAGCGCCAGAAACCUCUAAAAGACGAGCGGCAAAGCUUGGAUAACAAAUACUUUAGCACAAUUACAGGGAAAGGGUGGGAGAUUCCGAAUAAGAAGACCCCUAAUAGUUCUACCAGCUUGUCCUCAGAUGAGACAUCUGCUCAAGUAAUACAGCCAUCUUCUAUUAGAAGCAGCAGCAGCUCAUUACAGUAUCUGUCAUCUUCCCUGUCCAGCGUCUACGGCAGCUACGGGUCGUGGUUCAGCAAACGCAUUGGCAUGCAGAGCCCUUCGGCCAAGACGAAUGAGUCCUCCGAACAGUCUUACUUCCAGCAUCAUAACGGCAGCAGCACGUCUUUACACCAAGUCGCGCUAAAUCACAACAGGGUGACGCCGCUGCCUUCGCCUUCAAUUAACGAGUACGAAGAAUUCCCGUGGUGCAGCUCGCCUAGCUCACCCAGGACAGAUAACACUCAGCAAGGAUGGCCGGCCCACACCGAGCCAUCAUUCCAGAAUGUUGAUAUAAAAAGAACAUGCAACAGAAUUACUAACGCCAAAGACCUUGACCAAGCUUUUGAAUCUAUUUGUCAAUUCGAUAGUGAUAGCUUCAAGGCUGAGACCUCAGCGCCGUCCGAGGGACAUGCACAGGUGCUGGAGGUUGAACUAGAAAUCGACUCGCAUAGCUCGUACUCAGAGCUGCUUCCAAAGUAUACUUCUUUCCUUCCGAAUUUUGUGCCGUGGUUCCAGCUUCAAGCUGUCCCGGUGACCUCGGAUGCGGAGCGCAAGGUCCUUAACGCUAUGAAAGCUGACUUACAUACAAGAGAGUAUUCGAGAACCUUGCUCAUUUCCCUCAGGUCCCGUGAAAUCAAAGACAUUGUAGUUGAAAAAGAUCAUUUUCUAACCAAAAACGUUCUCAGGACUAAGAGAGUGUUUUCUUCAGGGAAAUGUAGCAGUAUGUCUCCAAAGUUCCAGCAGCAGGUUUUGCAAUGCGAGCAAAACAUAAAGAAGGCGAUGUCUGUAUGGGAAGACGUUGAAAACGUUGCCGACAAGAUGGAAAUACUCCAAAAAAUUUUCGAGGAUAUCCGUAGCUAA